AUGCACGAAAGGAGCUUGUCGUCUCUGGCUGCCAAAGGCAAGGCGAAAGAGAGUGUACAAUGGCACCAUGGAUGGUGGGACUUCAGCCACUCACUGGAAGAAACGAGGAGACCGGUCCAAUGGAGCAAGUCGUCUGUAAUAUUCACUGCGCACGAGUUCCAACCUGUCGUACUGGGUCGCCAUUUUCCCAGUUCUCGUCAGUUUGUCUUACCCUCUCCAACCCAAAUCAUGUCCGCCCUUUCCACCUACGAGCCGCCCAGUGUGAUAUCGGUAUCCCCAACAGACAACUGGAUUUUUGCGUAUUUUCCAGGUAGAGGGGUAGACGGGCUUGGCUGCCUUUGGAGCAAAGAAGGUCCGUUGGAUAACUGGGUUGUGAGUGAAUGCUGGGCUUUCGCACUAGGCGACGGAGUAGUGACCGCUGCAUGGACAUCGUCACACCGAGAGUGGACGGUCUCGGAAACGGGCACUUCGAGCCGUCUUCCACCACUUGGUCCUAUCACCCCUUUGGCAACCCCACUGCUGCUGCUGGUCACCCAUGCUCAUGAGAUACAUGUUUGCCAACUUCCGCCAUUUUCGACGACCCUCAAGAUUGUCCGUGCAUCCUUGCUACAGCCACACGCGCCGGAACCUGUGGGCUCGCCCCCGGCCAAUGAUUCGCCUGGCAGAAUAGGAGGAGACCGAAUAUGCGUGAAAGCCGCAAUAGGUCUCAGUUACCGAGGCUCAACCAUACUCGUUGCGAUGCGGUCCCGACUGUUGCCGUCGCAAAGCUCCUCUCAUCUACAAAAUCCCCUGGACCUCGGGCUCUCAUUAGACAUGUCACAACCUCCGCCUCCUGAAAGCCCCUUCCUCGCCGAGUGGGAACUAUGGGGUGAGGAAAGCACAAUAUCGCUGUGCGAGGUCCUCCUUGUAUACCGUAUAAUGAUACCUCCUCUCAGAACACGACCCCUGCCACCCAUAUACCACCCCAACGCGCGGCUAGCGGACCUUACCUUCUUUUGCCCCACACCUCCACACAUCAAUCUUCCGCCUCCAACAGGCACGAAGCCGGAAAUGAAACCCCCCGGGGCCGGGGUGCACAACCUAUAUCUAGUUGCGUCGUUCCUUGAUACCGGGGAUUAUACAUCCUUGCCAAAGUCUGAGAUUGUCUCCUAUGCGUUCGUUGGUCGGGAAAUGCCCAGUGCCCCUGGUAGCUUAUCUUGGAUUCUCAAAGGUCAAACUCAACGCAGCAGCGAUACCAAGAUCCCGUGUUUCCUCCUCCCCUCUGUCAGUCGAGGGGGACUGCUAACAGGAUUUCUGGACGCUCGCGGGCUGUUGCCGCGACGGAAACAGAAAUCGAAGGAAGCUACUACGGGUGCGAUCGAGGUGCUCAAGCUUCCAGAAUUGACCGCCAGUGAAGACUGGGACAGCGUACCGAUCCGCUCACACGUCGAAUACGGCAACGUUGAUGUGCCAGUCAGCGUCGCUCUCUCGCCGAACGAGGCGCUCUUAACCUGCUUGUCCUCCCAUCUAGUAGGGGCGCACACUUCAGUGCAGGCACUGCCUCGAAGAGUAUCGGGUGGCUUGGCUUCCAUUACGGCCACUCACUUGCACGGCGACCUGGCAAGGCAGCUCGUGGGAGCGAUUCGCUCGAGGAACUCCCCGUCGGACGUCGUGCAUGCGCUCUCGAUGCCGACAAUUCCUCUAGAGGUUGCGGUCAACACGCUGUACAACACAUUCGCGAACAUGGAAAGCGACUCCAACGGUCUGGUGGAGAUGUGGAUCUCAGAGCUGUUGGGAGUGGCUACAGAAGUGUACAGCUCGCGGGCACGACGUAUGGACAGGGGGGCCGAGAAGGAUCUGUGCGCGUUACGAUGGCAGACCGCGCUCGAGAUCGCAUCCUUGAAAGCGUGCUGUGCGGCGUUCUCUUCGUGCCAGGAAGGGAAUGCGUAUGACCUCGACGCCGUCUGGCAGCUUGUAGGAUUGUCGGGAUGGAUCAUCGAGCUCGUCGAAAGGCUCUUCAAGGAGUGUAUCCUCAUCGGGGAUACCCCCGUUGCUGCGCCUUCUACCCCGAAACCCUCUACGCCGAAGGAGCGAGACAUUCCGGAUGGUAAGGCUCUACCCCCAAUUUUCCUGCUUCUCGUCCAUCCGUACGCGCUCAGCCGCCUGCAAACCGCGCUCGCGCACGUCAAGCGCUUCCGGGACCAAGUUGCGAAACUUACCGCGAAGGGCGAGAACUCGCACAUCGCGAAGGACGUGCUCAUGGACAUCACGGACUGCUCCGGUGUCGACCUGCAACCCCUCGGGCCGCUCAUGACGGAAAUUCUACAGGAUGCUAAGCGACUUGACGGUCCGUUUUUAUGUUCAUUUUGUUGA